AUGAGGCUGCAGCUAGCUGUUCACCAUGUCAAAAUAGACCGCAAGCUCCUGAAGCCUCAAGUGGAGAGGAGGAGGCGGGAAAGGAUCAACCGUUGCCUAGAAUCGCUGAGCAAGAUGCUGAUGCAAGACCGUGAGAACCAGAAAAGAACCGAGAAAGCAGAAAUUCUGGAACACACUGUUGCUUUUCUGAGGAGCAACAGUCACCAUGACAGCAACAACCUCCACAACGGCUUCUCCACCUGCCUGCAAAGAGCCUCUGAGUUCCUCCAGACAACAGAACUGGCCUCAAAUCAGAAGCUGGCGCUGUCAUCAAGACUGGACUUGGUUGCUGAGCGCCAUCAUCAUCAUCAUCAUCAUCAUCAUCAUCAUCAUCUGAAACAGGACGUCCAGGCUCUAUCUCCCGCCACCAUCUCCAAGCCACUGAGCCCCAAGAGCUCCACUUUAAAAGCUGCAUUGUGGAAUCCCAGAUCCUCCAUGUCCCCUUCCCACAGAUGCCAGCUGACCCCAGCUUUGCAUGUCCAGCCAUCUACAGAAGCUUCCGGACUCAUCACAGCAAGCUACAGACAGAUUGGGAAGGGAGGCUGUUGUCCCCGGCAACUGUUGCCACCAACCCAGCCCAUGUGGAGGCCAUGGCCCUGA